AUGAACCAUCAUUCCGAAGCUGAAGGCACCUCGGACAUGAAGGAGCGUCCUGGUGGGCAACAUCAGUCUGUUGGCUCCAUCAAGGCCGUCCGAACCACUGAUCUCAGCAGCAAGGAAAGCAUUUGGCAUUCAUCCAACUUGUGUCACGCUGCUAGGGGAGGCGACAAGGCCGAAGCGGCAUCGUCCUCCCACCCAGCAUUCGAGGACGCAGCUCGUAGCCCCGGUCGUUUGGAGCAUCCAUUCUUCCAACGCCACGUCCGAAGCACCGAAAAUGAGCAACCGCGAAACUAUGGAGUUGUUCUGACCACCAUGUUUUUCGUCAUCCUUGCCGUUCUCGGUCUUGUCUACUAUCUUCUGCGGUCUUCGGGUUCCCAAAGAACGACAGUCCAGGCCAAGUGGAGUUCCUACAGGGGACUGAAGAACGAAUUCGAAGGCAGACAUGUGUUCACAUUCCUUGGCAUUCCUUACGGCGCCGACAUGUCCGGCCCGCAGCGAUUUCGGCAGCCGCAAAUUGUGAAUCCCCCUGAAGCCUCCUCGAUCGACGUCACCCGGCAGAAGCCGUCCUGUAUUCAGGCUCCACUGCGCACUACGCAAUGGAAGAGCGGUGGGGAGAAGCAGGAUCCAACAUCUGAGGACUGCCUGCAUUUGAACGUCUGGACACCAUCGUUGCCGACGAACCCCACGCACGCCCCAAAGACAGUGUUGGUGUUUCUUUACAGCAUCGACUUCAAGUGGGGCUCCAACCGUGAUUACGACGCCACUCCGCUGAGUGCACUGGGAGACAUUAUUGUCGUUAUGCCAAACUACAGGCUGCAUGCGCUCGGAUACUUAGGUAACGGCAGCAGCGAUGCCCCAGGAAACAUGGCACUAUACGAUCAGCUUCUGUCACUACGUUGGGUCCGAGAAAACAUAGAGUUCUUCGGGGGCAACGCCUCAUCCAUCGUUCUUCACGGUUACGAGUCUGGUGCAGUGUCCAUCGGAUACCAUAUGCUAUCACCUGUUGACAACAUGGUCAAGAAAUUUCCCAGGCUUAUCUUACAAAGUGGAUCACCGUUUCAACCACUGAAGGUCAAUACGCCUCUGUCGAAAGUGAUGGACACCUUGGGCUGCACGGAAGGUGGUUGGGAAUGUCUGCGACGAGUCUCCACGGAGCGCUUCGCCACCGAGAGGUUCUACCAGUUAUUCGACUAUAGGCCAAACUUCCAGAGCAUGUAUAUUCCCGAAAGUCCUUAUCAGCUUCUAGAGAACUCCCCAAUAAAGAAUAAACAGGUGCUGCUAGGCAAUGUACUCGACGAAGGGAGCUUCCUACUGGAGGUUCACAAGCUGUCUAUGGCCCGCGGUGUCGAAGUGCAAGCGGAGACAGUGAUAACGGUGCACGUCAAGAACCAAAUAGAAGCGGCGGGAAUACAGUCAUUUGACUCUGCGAGACGGCAGUACGUCAACAACACCGUCUGGAACACCGACGCGGGCAAUGUUGUCGCGAAAGAAAUCUAUGGCGACGUAUUUUUCAACUGUCCCGUGCAGUACCUGGCCGAACACCUAGCCGACCAUGGCAGCACCGCGUACAAGUACGUGUGGACCCACAAGCCAUCCUUCGGCCCAUGGGCGCGGGAAGACUUCGGACCAACGCAAUACGACGACUUGAGCUUCGUAUUCGGCAGGCCAUUACUCGACGCCAGCUGUUCGACGGCCGAAGAAGAACAGCUCAGUCGACGUACAAUCAACAUCUUCAGUGUCUUCGCUAAGACAGGGGUCGUGCCAAGCGUCAACGGGACACCGUGGCCUCACUACUCUCGAGACGAACCAGUAGUCGUCGAGAUAGGAAGUCAACGCCUUUCCCUCAGUUCUACAUUUCGAGCCGAACAAUGCUCCUUCCUUAGGGAAUACAUAAUUAAUUAAUUAAUAGGUCCUCAUGCCACCAACGUUGAUAGAGACCCGUCGCACAUUCUUGAAUUAAAUCCUGAAUUAUGAAACCGCGGA